CCUCGGCGCACACCCGGAAGCGGCGUGGUGGAGCGGAGCUUGGCGAGCGUGGGAACCCAGGCUCGGCCGAAGUGGCCAGCCCAGGCACGUGCGAAAACCCAGCAUGAAGGCGCGCUAGUGAGAGCCCAGGAAGUUCCCCUCGCAAGGUACAGAGUGGCGCAGCCGAGUAGGGGGCACGUCUGGCUAGUGGCACGGAGUUGCUGGCUUCCAGUCUUUGGGCCACGCCUACGGGCCGUCCCGCUUACCCAGCCAGAGGAAGAUACCAAGAAGAAUAGCUGGGUCAAAUGAUUUCUACAGUGGUUGCAACAGUCUACACUCCCAACAGUGGAGAAAGGUUCCUAUUACCUCACAGCUCCACCAGCUUCUGUUAUUGGCUGAUUUCCUGGUUGUCAACAAGUUGCCUAGGCUGGCCUUGAACUUGCUAUCCUUCUGCCUCAGACUCCUGAGUGACUGGGAUUACAGGUCCAGGAGGCAAGAUGGCAACUGGGUCAAAUGGAGAUGAAGAGUGGGUAGGCAGUGCAUACCUGUUUUUGGAGUCCUCGGUAGACAAGGUGGUCCUGUCAGAUGCCUAUGCACACCCCCAGAAGAAGGUGGCAGUAUACGGGGCUCUGCGGACUGCAUUGGCAGAGAGUUCCGAGAGCCCGGACGCGCUACAGAUACUGAAGAUCCACAGCAGCGACUCGCAGCUGAUCGUGCAGCUGCGUUUCUGUGGGCGCCAGUCUUGUGGUUGCUUCCUCCGCGCCUACCGCGAGGGGGCGCUGCGCGCCACGCUGCAGAGGUACUUGGCGGCGGCUUUGGACCAGCCCUCUCUGCCGCUGCAGCUGGAGCUGCUCGCCGGCGCCGAGCGACUGGACUCUUGGCUGACUAAUGAGGAGCGCUGUGUGCACAGCAUCUUAGCCCAGAAGCCGGACCGACUCCGGGAUGAGGAACUCGCUGAGCUGGAGGAUGCUCUCAGCAAUCUGACGUUGGGCUCGGCGGGCCAGGGUAGUGACUCGGGGGUCACUCCAGCCCCCUCGCAGUCCCUGGGCCCUUCUCCAUUGGAGGAGAAGCCGCCACCACAGGCUGGCCAGACCUUUCUGUUCCAGGGUCACCCCAUAGUGAACCGACCGCUGAACCUGCAGGACCAGCAGACGUUCGCACGCUCAGUGGGCCUCAAGUGGCGCAGGGUCGGGCGUUCCUUGCAGCGCAGUUGUCGGGCACUGCGGGACCCUGCCCUCGACUCGCUAGCCUAUGAGUACGAGCGCGAGGGACUGUACGAGCAGGCCUUCCAGCUGCUGCGGCGCUUCGUGCAGGCCGAGGGUCGCCGCGCUACGCUGCAGCGCCUGGUGGAGGCCCUUGAGGAGAAUGAACUCACCAGUCUGGCAGAAGACCUGCUGGGCCUGGCGGAUCCCAACAGUGGCCUGGCCUAGACUGGGUGCCAAGGAAGGGGCGGUCAAACAGGAGCCCAGCCAGGGUUUGGAGCACCUAGAUGGAGCUAGGUUUCUAUCUACUACUGCGGCUGCUGACGCCUCCCUCUUCUAUCCAAGAGACUCUGAGACCACACUUAACACCUAAACUUCACUGAGCAGCCGGGGACAAAAUUGACUGCCUUCCCGAUGUGUCCCACAAGCACACAUGGGCGUGCACACACACACACACACACCCCAGCUGGCAGGGUGCACCUUGGUGAUUCUGCCUUAGAGUGUGUCUCCCUUCCUGGCUGGCCCUCACCCCUUCAUUCAUAGAAAAAUGACAUAUUAAACCCUGGAAUUUCCAUGUCCUAGGUAUCACCCCUAGUGCUGCAAAAACUGGUGAGCAAGACAUAUGAAUCCUGUCUACCUCCAGCUCACAUUCAGCAGUGGUAAUAAAGUGUAACGCUUUUGACAGAG